UAAAACAAUUAUAAAACAAUUUAACAUUCCCCUGAGAUUUGAAUAUAAUUAAUUUGGUAACAGUGAAGGCGGGAAAACAUAGGAAAACAGUAAAGGUUCUUUGAACAGAAUAAGCGUUGUUUACAAUUUACAAUGUUCAAAUAUUAAAUUACGUUAUGUAGACUGAUUAAAUGUAAGAAUAUAUUAUCGUAAAUAACACAGUUGUGUUGUUUUAAAUGAUUAGUAUUAGUGUCUUAUACAUGAAUCUGAACUCCAAACACAACAUCUAUGAAGCACAUGAGUUCUAUCAAUUUUUAACAAUUAAUUAUAAAUUUAUAAACAUAUCACAAUGAAACCUAGUACAUCUAAAGCUAAUAAACAUGGAUUAUCUAUAAUUGAUAUGUUCUCUAAACAAGUUGCUAAAAGAAAGCGGAUGAGCAUUGAUGGAAAUAAUGAAGAACAUUUACAAAACUGUCAAGAUGUCAAAGGUGAAGAUAAUUUAUUAAAUACAACUGAACAGGAUAAAGAAAAUAACAAUCCACAGACAAGUCAAGAACAUGCAGAUGAACAUCAGGAAAAAAAAAUUAAGACUGAAAACAACAAUACAGAUAUAUUAAAAUUUCAAAUUAGAAAGACAAAUAAUAUAUUUCCUGGUAAAUGUGAAUACUGUCGUCAAAAAUUAAAUGAUGAAAUAAAAUUUUAUCCUGGACAUCCAAAUGGUGCUGUAGAUGAAGAAAUUGCUUUGAUUGAUUCAAGAUUAUGUUUAUUUAAUGGAAAUGAAUCUUUUAUACAUGAAAGUGACGAACACCCUCAAAAUAAAUUAACUUAUUUUAGUGUUUAUGAUAAAAAUGGCCAUUUAUGUCCUUUUGAUGCUGGAUUAAUAGAGAAAAAUGUACUGUUAUAUUUUUCUGGAUAUAUGAAAGCCAUUUAUGAAGAAGAUUCAUCCCCUGAGGGUGGAGUACCAGCCAAAGAUAUGGGUCCAAUAAAUGAGUGGUAUGUUUCUGGUUUUGAUGGAGGAGAAUUAGCCCUUAUAGGUUUCAAUACUGCAUUUGGUGAAUACAUUUUAAUGGAACCAUCCGAAGCCUAUGCUCCUUUUAUGGAUGUAGUUAAAGAAAAAAUAUACAUGAGCAAAUUGGUUAUUGAAUUUCUCUUAGAUGAAAUUAGUCCAAGCUAUGAAGAUUUACUCAAUAAACUUCAAACAAUUGUACCACCAAAAGGUAUGACAAAAUUCACAGAGGAUUCUUUAUUGAGACAUGCACAGUUUAUAUGUGAUCAAGUAUUAUCAUUUGAUAAUUCUGCCGGUUCUGAUGAUGUCCUUUUUAUUACAACUCCUUGUAUGCGAGCAUUAGCAAAUCUCGCGGGUGUUACGUUAGGAAAAAGAGCAGCUCUUCGUCGAACACAACGUCGAGAACAGAAAAUUAAAACACCUGGUUGGACGAAGGCGACCACAACGCAAUUAGUUAGCAAUACGUUUGAAAAUAUUUUUGCUGAUCAAUUAAGUAAACAGGAUGAUAAAAUGAAGAUGGGACCUAAAAGACAAAGAUGCGGUAUAUGUGAAAAUUGUCAGCAACCCGAUUGUGGUCUUUGUAGUUCUUGUAAAGAUAUGAUCAAAUUCGGAGGAACUGGAAGAGGCAAGCAGGCUUGCAUUAAAAGAAGAUGCCCAAACAUGGCCAUACAGGAAGCAGAUGAUUCUGAUUUAGAAAAUGAAGACGAGUAUGAAGCUCUACUGGAAAGCAAGAAAAUUGAGGAACAAGAAAACAGAAAAACAGUUUUUAAAGAAUUCAAAAAAGAUAUUAUAUGGACUGGAGAUCAAAUUGCUGCUGAUAAUUUAAAAACAUUCUAUAAGUCUGUUACAGUGGGUGAUGAGAGAAUAGAAAUAAAUGAUUGUGUACUUGUAGAACCAAGAAAUCCAGCAAUUCCAUUACACGUUGCCAAAGUCGUUUACAUGUGGGAGAACAAAAAUGGUUUGAAACAAUUUCAUGCUAAUUGGUUUCACAGAGGAACUGAUACUAUUCUUGGGGAAACAUCAGACCCUAUAGAAUUAUUUUUGAGCGACGAUUGUGAUGAUGUCCCCUUCAAAGCUGUUAAGACAAAAUGUACUGUUCAUUUUAAAAAACCACCAGAAAAUUGGGCUGAAAUAGGUAAUACAAAUUUAAGUCUCGAUGAUGAAAUAAAAGACGUGGAUGGUAGAACAUUUUUUUAUCAAAAACGUUACACGCCUGAAACGGCCAGAUUCGAAGAUCCUUCAAUCGAUCCAGAAUGUCCUCGUAAAGAAACUAUUCAUCGAUUUUGUCCUGCUUGUGCUCGUUUAAGAGCAUUACAGCAGUUCAAUACACCGAAGGUGUAUGAGUUAAUAGAAGAAAAAAAUAGCAAAGAAGUUGUUUAUGGAGUAGUGAAGUACAAGGGAGAAGAAUACAGAGUUGGUACAGCUGUAUUUUUACAACCAGAAGCUUACAAAUUUAAACAUAAAAUUACAUUUCAAGAUACCAUGAAGCCAAAAAAGAAAAAUGUUGAUGAAGAUAUAUAUCCGGAAUUUUAUAGAAAGUAUUCUGAUCAUGUGAAGGGUUCAAAUUUAGAUACUCCUAAACCAUUUUGCUUGGGCUACAUAAAUACAAUAUACGCUAGUACAAAUGAUAUGAUAGUUUCACCUGCUGAGAUUAAUAUCAAAGUAAACAAAUUAUAUAGACCAGAAAACACGCACAGAGAUGUUUCAUUAAUGGAACAAGUUGAUUUAAAUAUGGUUUAUUGGAGCGAUGAAAUAUGUAAUAUUAAAUUCGCUGAAGUUGUUGGCAAAUGUUAUCUCGUUUAUUCUGUUAAUUUAAAUCAAUCCAUUGAUGAAUGGACUGCUUCUGGACCAAAUCGUUUUUACUUUAACGAAGCUUAUAAUGUACAAGAAAAAUCAUUUGAUGAACCACCAUAUCAUGCUAUCGGUAUUGGUAAAUGUGGUAAAAGUAAAGGUAACUUGAAACUUAAAGGUAAAAAGACUGAGGAAAAUAAGAAGAAAAUAUUCGCUAAUCAACCAAUCGAAUAUAAGACUAUAUUCAGAAAAUUAAAAACGUUGGAUGUGUUUGCUGGUUGUGGUGGAUUAUCCGAAGGUUUACAUCAAGCUGAUGUAGCUGAAAAUCUUUGGGCCAUAGAAAAAGAAGAACCAGCCGCGUAUGCGUACCGUUUAAAUAAUCCUAAUACAACAGUAUUUACAGAAGAUUGUAAUACAUUACUGCAAAAAGUAAUGAACGGUGAUACGACAAACGAAAUUGGUCAAAAACUUCCUCAAAAAGGUCAAGUUGAAUUGUUAUGCGGUGGUCCACCGUGUCAGGGUUUUAGUGGAAUGAAUCGUUUCAAUUCACGACAAUAUUCUUUGUUCAAAAACUCCCUUGUUGUUUCUUAUUUAGCGUACUGUGAUUACUAUAGGCCUAAGUUUUUUAUCAUGGAAAAUGUUCGAAAUUUUGUAUCUUUCAAGAAAAGUAUGGUUUUGAAAUUGACAUUAAGAUGUUUAAUUCGCAUGGGUUACCAAUGUACAUUUGGUAUUCUUCAAGCUGGAAAUUAUGGUGUACCUCAAACUAGAAGAAGAAUGAUCAUUUUGGCUGCUGCACCUGGACAAAUGUUACCAAAAUAUCCAGAACCUACACACGUAUUUAGUAAACGUGCCUGUCAAUUAAGUGUAUUAGUAGAUAAUAAAAAAUAUAGUUCAAAUUGUAGUUGGAAAGAGUCAGCACCAUUAAGAACGAUCACAGUCAAAGAUGCAAUGUAUGAUUUACCAGAAAUAAAAAAUGGAUGGAAUAAAGAAGAAAUGCCGUAUAAUAGUGAACCAUUAUCACAUUUCCAAAGAAAGAUGAGAGGUAAACAGUAUCAACCUGUCUUAAAAGAUCAUAUAUGUAAAGAAAUGGCGCCUCUUGUGGAAGCUAGAAUGGCUCAUAUUCCAAUUGCUAGUGGUUCAGAUUGGCGUGAUUUACCAAAUAUAGCUGUGAGAUUAAACGAUGGCACUUAUUCGAAGAAAUUGUAUGUAUCUGCCUUUCAAUUAUACCACUGUUACUACAAUUUGUACAUAUUUAAUUUUCAUUUAAGGGAAUAUACUUAUGAUGAUAAAAAAGCUGGAAGAAGUUCUACAGGGGCAUAUCGAGGAGUGUGUAGUUGUUGCAUUGGAAAAUCGUGUGACCCUACAGAUAGACAAUUUAAUACUUUAAUUCCAUGGUGUUUACCACACACAGGAAAUCGUCACAAUCAUUGGUCGGGAUUGUACGGAAGAUUAGAAUGGAAUGGAUUUUUUAGUACAACUAUUACAAACCCUGAGCCCAUGGGAAAACAGGGGCGUGUAUUACAUCCAGUAGAAACUCGUGUGGUAAGUGUACGAGAAUGUGCUAGAUCUCAAGGAUUUCCUGAUUCGUUUCGUUUUUAUGGCAAUAUACUUGAUAAACAUCGACAAGUUGGAAAUGCAGUUCCACCUCCUCUUGGUGCAGCUAUUGGCCACGAAAUAAGGAAAUGUGUACAAAAUGAUGAAACAAUAAGCGAAACUAAUGUAGAUGCACAAUUGAAUAACAAUUGCAUUAAAUCUGAUACACCUACUGAAAGUUUUAAAUUAGAAAUAAAUGGUGAAAAUUCCAAAAAUACAUUUUAAAAAGAGGAGAGAUGAUGAGAGGUAUUGAAAUAAAGAUAAAGCAAUUUUCACUAAACAAUACAAACAUAGCAAUAAAAGAAGUUACAAAAAAAUUCAUUUUUUUAAUCUGAUAAAAGGAGAAAGAUAAAUACUAUAUACAAUCUGAUAAAAGUAUCAUUGUAGUUGGUCUGUAAUGUAUACUGGAUAAAAAUUUAUAAUAAAAACUACUAUAUACAUAGUAGUACAUAUCAAGAACCGAACAAACUAUUAUAAUAAAGAGUUUUAUAAUAAGAAGUAAUAUAUUUUAAGUAAAAAA